AUGUUUGUUGGACUCAUACUGUUCACCUUGUUAGCCUUGGUGCUACCGGGCACCAUUAUAGUGCUACACAGGGCUCGGCUACUCAGGCUUCCCCCAGGACCUCCGGCGAAAAUGUUCUCAGGAAAUGUCCACCAGUUACCAAGGGUUUCACCUUGGAAUACUUUCGCUAUGUGGUCAAAACAAUACGGGAGUGCAAUAAUUCACUAUAGAAUUUUCGGACGACAUUUUGUAGUAUUGAACAACGUCGAAGCUGCUUUAGAUGUUCUUGAACAUCGCUCUAAUAUAUAUUCGGACAGACCGGUAGUAUGGAUGUACAACGAACUGGCUGAACGCGGAAUGUCUGUCUUCUCAGUCUCUUCGCAACACCCUCAUCAUAAAAUAUAUCGACGAAUACUUCAAUCGGGUCUCAAUCCGAGAGCAGUGCAAUCCUAUCGGGGUAUCUUGGAGCGGGAACUACAUAUACUCUUAGACGGACUUCUGCAUACACCAGAAAGUUAUGCGAAACAUCUUCGAAGGAAUGCUGGCGCAGUCGUAUUAGACCUAGCUUAUGGUUGGCCGGUUACCAGCGAUGACGACUACUUUGUUUCGCUCAUGGAGGAGGCGUUCGCCCUUCACAAGCAGGUCGUUCAGCCUGGUCGGUGGUUAAUCGAAGUGAUGCCUUUCCUGCGAUUCGUUCCAUCUUGGAUGCCGGGGGCGCACUUUAAGAGAUUUGCGUUUUCCGUUCGUGAGCGUAUGAAGGCGAUUGAUCAGGUGCCGCUCAAAUGGACGAAACAACAGAUGGCGAAUGGGCAUUAUGUUGAUGACGACGAGGAACGUAUAAUAAGCUGGUGUUCAUCUGCUUUAUAUGCUGGAGGUGCAGAUACUACGGUUUCAAUAAUGUUAUCUUUCAUUGCAUUAAUGAUGCAAUAUCCAGACGUACAGAAGGGGGCCCAAGACGAAAUCGAUUCUGUGUUAGGCGACGAUCGUCUUCCAAACAUCGACGACCAGUUCUCUCUUCCUUAUAUAUCUGCCCUCUUCAAAGAGAUAUUACGAUAUUCUCCUGCAGCUAGACUUGGCCUUCCUCAUCGCGUCAUCCGAGAAGACACCUAUGAAGGGUACAGGAUUCCGAAAAAUAGUACAGUAAUGGCAAAUAUCUGGGCAAUAUGUCGCGAUCCUUCAGUUCGGUUUCUUACAAGAAAUGAGAUGGACCCACGGAAGCUUGCGUUCGGCUUCGGAAGACGGGUCUGCCCUGGUGCUGGAUUCGCCGAAACAUCUGUCAUUCUUAACAUCGCCAAUAUACUCGCUUGCUUCAACAUCCUAAAACCCGUUGACCUCAACACAGGUUCGGAAUACUGUCCGGAAAUAUCCUAUACUACGGGUGUAACAAGCCAUCCUUCUCCGUUCCAAUGCCGCAUUGUUCCGAGGCCUAGGUGUAGCGUUCAUCUGCACGAUGCUUAAUAUAGUUAACUUAUGAUGUUUUCUAUGUACGGUUCCAGUCGCCUUGGUUUAAAUCUACUGUAGCUUUGGAUGCGCCGAGUGCGAACAAAGCCCGUGGUUUUCGAGCUCAACGUCUUUGAGUCGCU